GCGAUGCUGCUCGACUCACGCGUCAGGCCCCGUUUUAAGGGAAGAACCGCUGCUCCCAUUACGGGUCAUGACAUUUGAACGCUCCAUGCGCUAAUCCAGCGUAGUCAUCAUGGGCCCGUUGACUGCUGCUCUAAAUAAAGUUCUCCUGGAUCAACCUGUGAGUUCAGGUCCACACACACGUCUUGAGCGCAUCAUGAACCGCCUGCUGCUGGGAGCCGUGCUGCUGGGGAAGCUGGCCCUGCGUGUCACAGCUCAAGAGAUGCUGACUCCACCUGGACAGGUGAAGUUCGAGUCAACAGACUACAAGAACAUCCUGCGCUGGGCCGCGCCCACAAACAGCUCCUGCCUGCAGUACCACGUCCAGUAUAAGAUUUACGGCGAGCUGGACUGGCUGAACGUCAGUAACUGUCAGGGCAUCCAUAGACACGACUGCAACCUCAGCGGCGCCACCUCCGACGUCAGAGAGUGGUACUACGCCCGGGUGCGAGCGUCGUGUGCGGCCACCAGCAGCAAAUCGGCCUGGGCCAUGUCCCGCAGAUUCAGCCCCCGCUGGGACACCAAAAUCAGCCCCCCCACGGUGAAGCUGAACUUGUCCAAACAGGACGUCGUGGUCCAAGUGAAAGCCUCCAGAGUGUUGAUGCGCAAGGUGCACAACGGCGUGCACAACCACAUCUACGUCGUCCACCCUGGCGGAAAGGAGGAGGUUUAUGAGGUGGCGAGCGGCUCCAGGCUGACUCUGACAGAACUGAAGCCCAGGAUACGCUACUGCUUCCAAGCACAGACCGUCAUCCCCCGGGACAUGAAGAGCAGCGACCGCAGCACGGCCGAGUGCAUCACCACAGACUGAUCACACGCAGACGCCGGUUGACUCCAGUCGUCUCGUCACUCCAGUCCUCACCCCUACCUCCACGGCUGUAGCCACGGGUAUCUGAACUCGGAAAACUGGUGCGAUUAAUGGAAUCUCUCGAGGAGCUUUUUUUUUAAAAAUUUUAUUUAAAGUCUGUUGCUAAAACUUGAAACUUUCUUGACAUUUUUGGAGUAUUUUCUGCUGAGGAUCACUGUGAAAUUCAUUUCUUUGCGACGUUGUUGUUGUAACUAAGUUUGGUUAUUUUAUUUCAUUUUUUUUGGAAGCUGAAGUGAAAACAUGAAGACUAUUUUAUCUACUGAAAUAUUUAUGCACAAGUUGAUUACUUAGAGGAAGCAACCUUUGACAUUUUGUAUUUUUAUCUCAAACGAAUGAGAACAAACGGAUGUUCCUGGACGUUUUGGACACGACGUUUAAGAAAAAAAAAAGAAGACUACCAGAGCUUCUGUUUGGGAUUAAAAACGAGCCCUGCUGAUGUUUUAUACCUCAUGUUUGUCCUGCCUGCAUCAACUCACUAAUAAAAGGAUUCAUUUCCUCUUUUAAAAGUUAAUUUGUUUGUGUGUUCAGUUGUUGCGCUGCUGAAAGGUCAAAAUCGUCUUGCAGGGGAGUUUUUAAUAUUCUGGAACGUUCUCGUGUUCUGUCAGAAUUAAAGCCACAAAAUUGGCUGUGUUUCAAUACGAGAAAAUAAAAUUUAAAAAAAUCAAAUAAAGAAGACAAUAGGCUUGAUGUGGACUUUAUUUAAAACGUUGAUAAACAUGAUAACUCUUGAUUGAUCAGGCAUGACAUAACCAAUACUGUCAGGAUAAACACGCACGGCCCACUGAAACAGAUCUGAACCCAGUCAGUGUCAUCAGCCGUCUUUAAAAACAAAAAAAGAAGAAGAAGUUUUACACAGUUUGAUCACUUCGCAGGCCUCUACGCUUCGUCUCCUUCACAUAGCAGCAGGUUGGAUUAGUGGUUUUUGGGUCUGAACGCAGAAAAAUUAUAAUGUCAAAUCUGGUCCCCAUCGCUGCCGUGGAAAAGCGUCUUAGGAAUGUAAGAGAAAACUUUCGCCACAAAAUGGCGCGCUAUUUACAGACGGUUCUGAAAAACGGCUUGGAUAGCACCUUUAACAGUUUGAGACUCGGAUACUUCACGCUCUACAAAAAAAA